AUGGCAGACCGACAAAUAACCCAGCAGACUAUUUCUACCCUGCUGAAUAAGCUGACCGACCCUGAUGCCGAUUUGAGAUACAUGUCCUUGAAUGAUCUCUACGGAAUCUUGAACAGUACUCAGUCGAGCUUUAUCGCAAAUGAUCGUCGUUUGGCACAAGGCCUUGCCGAUGGCCUCUUCAAAGCUCUGGAUGAUCAACAUGGCGAGGUACAGAAUCAGGCACUGAAAUGUCUUGGUCCCCUGGCGCUUCGUCUACCAUUUGAAUUCCUCACGCCCCUGCUUGAGCAAUUAGUCGAUCUAACCUCCUCACAAACCAUCGAUACCUCUGUCCCCAACACUGCGCUCCGCACCAUUGUUGAUACACUUCCCCGACCCCAAGCUGGCCAACCCCCAACUCAGAAUGUGACAAACGCAUACUUGGCUGUGUCAAAGGUUCUCAUUCCCCGCCUUACAGGCCCGACUCCAUCAAAAUCAGGCAGACGUGGCUCUAUAAUGCGGGGUAUGCUGGAUAAAGAUCCUUCCAAGGGCUUCAGCAGUGAUGCGCUCGACGUUCUCAUCAAGAUUGUCACAUGCUUUGGUCCUCUUCUCAAGGAGGCCGAGCUAGCAGGUUUGCAACAGCCCGUCAUGGCGAUCAUUGACAACGAUACUGCUGGAACCGUUGUGACCAAGCGUGCCCUGACCGCUAUCUCCGCACUUGUUCUCUACUUCUCCGAUAAUCAACUCAACGCCCUGGUCGCUCGUCUUAAGAACACUCUAUCAUCGCCGACGAUUACCAUCACCCACCGUCGUCAUCUGAUUGCCUCAAUUGGAACAAUUGCUCGCGGUGCCCCGGCCAAAUUUGGCCCUCAUUUGCCUGUCCUCGCGCCGUUUGUCUUCUCUGCACUCGACGAGGAUGCGGUAUAA